UAGAAAACUAACUACAGCACCUUCACGAUUGUACUAGAAAAGUAUUUGGAAUCCUGUGUGUAAAACAUUGUUCUAUUACUUAUUUUUUAUUUUAAUUUUAUUUUAAUUUUAUUUUCAGUUUUUCGCUGUAAAACUUUGCAGUACCUUCAAACGGCUGUUGUUGCAACAAGAUCAUAUCCAGAAUAAGCGCUGUUUAAAAAACCGAGAAACGAGACGAUUUUUGUGUUUGGGGAUUCCAUAUAGAUAGAUUCUUUUUCUUACGAAGCCUUGGAAGAAGUGAAGUGGAUCUAAGAAAAAUUGAGCUGUAACUGGAGUUUUUAUAGCAAUUACGAUUGCUUCCGAAAACAAAUCUCUGAACAGCUUCUUUCAGGUUCAAACGUUAUAACAUAUCAGCCCGAAAACUAGUUAGCUUUCUUUUUUUGGAGAUUGUGUCUUUUUGACCGUGCAUGCGUGAACGGAGUCGAACAUACACUUUUUCUUACCAAAAUGCAGACUGUACGUUCCUAUUUGUUUGGUCCUACACCGCAAGAGCAGAACCGAAAAUGGCAGUCGACUCUUCGAAAGGAACAACGAAACAUUGACCGGCAAGUCUUGUACUUACAAAAUGGUAAAAAGAAAGCUGAGGCACAAAUGAAAGCACUUGCAAAGCAGCAGGAUGUCUCAAAUAUGCGGGUCUUAGCCAAAGAACUCGCUCGAGCCAAUCGACAUCGCAAAAAGCUAGCGGAGUCAAAAGCCAUGCUUGGAAGUCUUAGUAUGCAACUCAAUGAUCAAAUUGCGAUGUACAAAGUUGAAAAAGCUAUGCAAUCAAGCACCUCUAUCAUGCAAAGUGUUUCAAGUUUAGUUCGUCUUCCUCAGCUCUCCCAAACCAUGCGCAAUUUAUCGAUGGAACUCACGAGAGCUGGUAUUUUGGAAGAAAUGCGUGACGAAAUGAUUUUUCCCGUCGAAGAGGAAGGCCUUGAAGAGCUCGAUGACGAAGAUGAAGAAAUCAAAGAAAUCCUAUCACAAUUCCAGCCGUCCUCUGUCAAACCAUCUGUACCUGUUCCUAAUCAAACAUUAAAACCGGAACCGGAGCCUGUUCGUCCGUUAGAGCAAACAUUGCCAUCCGUAUCUGGAGGCAAUGGUACUCAGGAAUACCAGGAAAUUGACAACGAACAGUUACUGGACAUUCGUGGAAAGCUAGAUGCUCUCAAAUCGUAAGAAUAUAUUAUGGUAUCUUAUGGCUUUUUUUAUUUUUUACAUGCUACGCAACGAUCUUUACCUUUUUUCUUUUCUGUUAAUAGAAUGACGCUUUGAUAACUUUCGUAAUAAUGCUUUUACUCUUGAUGCUUUGCCAUCCAUUCGUUUUCCUCCUAUAUAAUAUUUUACUUCUAAAUCAUUAUUAUAAUAUCUCUUUUUGUCUCAAAAUUGUAUUUAAUUUUACUUGCGAUUUUGUAUU